CCACAUCGGUCACCACGAUUGGAAAAGGGAUAACUGAGUUUAUUCCAUUGAGAAAAUUCAAAAUACCUAAAUAUUUACUGGCGUUUCUUGUGUCAAAUAAACCCUAAAAUUCGUUGCAAAAUGGCGCGUGCAGCUCUUUGCAUGGCCGUCGCUUGCAUCUUGAUGCAAUGCGUCUACUCUGCAAAGUUCGAUGAACAGAACCGUCGUCUUAUUCUCGAUAUCGACGACCAAAAGACAACGAACCGUCAAUACUAUUCGUCAAACAUUGACACAAAUGCCUAUCGAUAUGGCUACGAUGUCGGCAAGACAGGCAACUUCCAUCACGAGACCCGAGGUCCCGAUGGGGUUACCUACGGCUGCUACGGCCUGAUCGAUCCCUACCACCUGCUCCGGGCAACACACUAUGUGGCCGAUGCCCAUGGUUACCGCACCGUGGAGCCGGAGAAGCCGGUGGAGACCUUCCCGCCUCAUCUGUACAACGAGACCGACGGUGGACCCUCGCUGCCGGGCAUCCUGCUGCAGUGGGAGGAGCUGUACUUCCCCAUUGGGUGUGGAAAGUUUGCGAAUGGCGCCCAACACGGGGUUCCAUUCUUCCUCGAAGACUUCAAGAACAAGGGCAGUAGCAACGAUGCGAUACCAUCGUUCUCGGCCAACACAAUUGUGCUUAAGGGCUCCGACCAGAAGAGUCUGCCCAUCCACCCGCCCACCGGUCCGCUGGUGCCCCAGGGCACGGGGAUCUUUGGCACGGACAAGGGUCAUUCGGAUCUCAGCCAUCCCGGCGAUCAGGCGCCGUCCUUCCAUUCGGUGAACACCCUGCUACCGGGCAGCAAUAAUGAUGGCCAGUACGUGCCGGAUAGUAAUCCCUAUGUGCAUGUGAUUGGACCCAAUGGAGGAAAUGGAGGCAAUGGAGGCAGCGGCUCUGGCGGCGGUUUCGGUGGAAAUGGAGGAUUUGGAGGCGUUGGCGGUUUCGGACCCAACGGGCCAGGUGGUCCCAACGGGCCAGGUGGUCCCAAUGGACCCAAUGGACCCAAGGGACCAAAUGGACCGAAGGGACCUCCGGGACCACCCGGCGGCUUGGGUCCGGUCGGCGCGGGAGGAGGAGCCUCAGGAAAACCGGUCUAUCAGGAUGGCGAUCGCACUGGCACAGGCAGCGGUUCCGGAAUUGGUUCCGGUGAUCGUUACUCAACCGGAAACGGUGGCGGUUUCGGAUCCGGCGAUCGUUACACAACCGGAAACGGUGGCGGUGUCGGUUCCGGCGAUCGUUACUCUACCGGAAACGGUGGCGGUGUCGGUUCCGGCGAUCGUUACUCAACCGGAAACGGUGGUGGUGUCGGUUCUGGUGACCGAUACACCACCGGAAACGGUGGUGGUGUCGGUUCCGGUGAUCGUUACACCACCGGAAAUGGUGGUCGCUAUACCACCGGAAACGGUGGCGGCGUCGGCGGUGGUGAUCGCACCGGAAGUGGUUUCGGAAUCAGUGCCGGUCAGUAUCGUCCGGAUAACGAGGGAACCUACACGAGCACCUACACGCAGACAGAGACCGGUUUUCCUGGGGCCAUUCCAUAUCAUCCAGAUAACGGUAAAUAUAACGACAACAGCGGACGCUAUAACGGUAUUAACGAUGGUCGGUAUUAUCACGAUGAUUCGGGCAAAUAUGUUCACGUUGAAGGCCCCACUGGACCCCCGGCACCCCCAUAUGUCCAUAUUGUUGGACCCGAGGGCGGAUACGGCGGCAAUGGCGGCAACGGCGGCAAAGGAGACGGCGGCGGUGUAGGCCCCGGCGGCCCAGGCGGACCUAAGGGACCUGGCGGCCCCAAGGGACCCAACGGACCUAACGGACCUCCCGGUCCUCCCGGCCCACCCGGACCACCUGGACCUCCCGGACCCAAGGGACCUACUAAGCCCGGACCUUUCGGACCUCCGGGACCACCCGGCCCACCUGGACCAACCCGUCCUGGACCUUAUGGACCUCCCGGCCCACCCGGUCCCACUCGUCCCGGACCACCCGGACCCCCCGGCCCCACUCGUCCCGGCCCACCAGGACCUUCUCCCAACGAUCCCCGUUACUCGGACAAGGAAACGCCCGGCUACCUGCCCCCUCAGCAACCGGGUAAAAUCUCCAAACCAAUUCCAUCCUACUCACAAGUCAUUGAACCACCAAAAUCAGUUUUUAAGCCGAAUUACGAACACAACAAUGAUUAUGUUAUUAAGAAAGAACCCGUAACGACAAAGCCACCACUAACCUAUAUUCCUCCUUCUAUCCCAAUCACUCCGAAACCCUAUGCUCCCGUUCCCGCUCCUGUUCCUCAACCACAACCGCCAUCCCAAAAAAUAACGACGACGAUCGUACAGCCAAAGCCAAAGGUCCCGGCUAUCAUUAUUGAGAAGGAUAAGCCACAUAAGAGCGUUACGACACCGCCAGUGACAACGGGUAAUAUUGAAAACCACACGUACCUACCACCACCACCCCCGACUCCGAAAUACGUGACCAAGACCCCGACUCCGACCCCUAAACAGACUCCCAUUCCGAUUCGUUAUGAACCCUCUCCACCAAGACCUUUCGAAAAGGUGGUGGUUACCUCACCGCCACAAGUCCAAUACCAUACGCCACAGGUCCCCGCCGUGGUUAUCCCCAAACAACCCGUGACUGUUCCGUACAAACCCGUGACACGACCUCCACCCACUUACGUUGAACCCAAAGUAACGCCACGUCCAUCUCCCCCAUUGCAUGUGCCAUCGAUAUCGAUCAGCGAUCAGUCCUGUGUUUGUAACGCCGAUAAGACGCACUCAUCGAAAAGCACCCUUACCUCAACCAAAAGCACCACCACCACCACGAACUCCUAUCCCAAUCCCGCCUCCGUUGACUUUAACAAACAAUUUUCCGGCUUCAAUGGACAAGCAAACUUCGGCAGCAUAAUAAACGCCAUGUCACUGACCCAAUUGCCGGUGAUACCUCAGGCCCCUGGCCAGCCGGCCUUCUAUCCGCCGGACAAGAUCCCCAAGGGAGCUAUUAUCGCACUAAUGCCCGUGGUGAUCCUGCCGCAGGAGUACUAUUCCAACUGUGAUGAGAAUUCGAUAAACCAACACUCGAACAUCGAUCCCUUCCCGCUGGGCGUUCAGCCGGGUGCAUCCUUUAGCCUUCACUCGGUGCUGACGGGUUCGGCGCCCAAGGAUCAGUGCAUGUGCCCAUGCUCGUGCACCCAGAAUCUGCCGGGAAGACUACACAAGAAACGCGAAGCCAGCGAUGCUGAGUCUCCAGUGGAGGUUAAGCCCGAAGCUGCUGCCUCCGAGGAGGUGAAAACCCUGAUCGAUCCCAUUCCAGGCGCCUCGGAAGAGGUCAAGGUAAAGGUCGAACCUGUGGCCGCAGCCCCCGAGGUUGAACCCAAGCCCGCAGCCUCCGAAGAGGUCAAAGUACAGGCCGAGCCCGUUCCAGCAGCCUCCGAAGAGGUCAAGGUACAGGCCGAACCCGUUCCAGCUGCCUCCGAAGAGAUCACAUCUAAAGUUGAACCCGUUCCAGCAGCCUCCGAAGAGGUGAAAGUAAAGGUUGAACCCCAAGCAGAGAAAAUCCUGGCUGACCCAAAACCAGAAAUCAAGGCGACUAGCGAAACGAACUAAGACAAGGACAAGAGAGAAGACCACCCCAAAUCCCUAUCCCAGAUCCCGGCUUAAUCCCAUCCUAACCCAAAUCCUUCCUCUCCCAAGAACCAGAAAAAAACCUAACCUAGUCUAAGUGUUUUUAGUGUCUGCCAGGCAGGGCCAAUCAGCAUUUAAGAAGGGUAAAUCGAAUGGAGAGCCCAGCUAAUGUGUUCGCUUUCUUGUGUUAUCUAUAUGUAAUUCGAGUUCGAUGAUAUUGUUUUCCCACACUUUUGGUAAAUGCACUCCAGACCGCCUGUCCACGACGAGUUUCGGAGCUCUCUGUUGUAACAUCUCCUUAAAACACUAUUUGUAAUCUAAAAUACUUCCUCUAAGAGAGAGCACUGAGAAUUGGCAAGAGAUGAAAAGAAAAGCGAAAAUUGUUUUGUGACAUGUUGUUUAUUAUGCAUUUGUGUAUGCUUUUUAUUUUUUUAUGAUUUUGUUCAGUUUUAUUUCUUUAUGAUUUUUUAUCAACUUUAGUUCUUAGUUUAUUUAAUGUCUACUCUAAUAAUGAUUGAGACGGAAUAAUGAAUUGUUAUGUCAAAAGAGAAAUAUUGAAAUUAAAUAAAAAUUAAG